AUGAAUUUCCUACUGCUGAUUGCGGUCUCGUUCACAUUCAUCAUUCCCAACAUUCUUUGCCAAAACUCUUCAACAACUUCUCUCAAUUGUGGAUAUCUCGGGGGCCAAUACAAUAUUUCCGCUAAUGAAUCCUACAAUGGAGAGUGUUGCAACACUGCAGCAGUGGAAUACAUGGAUCAGGAAUAUCUAGGAUGGCGGCAAAAUUACAGUCAGAUAAGGCGAAACCUGAUAAUGCUGAAUGACAAAGGAUAUUGUGUUCUAACUUCCACUACCUCCACUACUCCCACUACAGAGCUCUCUACUACUCCAUUCAACUGCUACUGGUUAUCUGAAAACUGGAAUUGGGUUGGUUAUAGCGGGGAAUGCUGUAAUCCAGAAUCAGUUGACUACUUGAACUCAAUCAAUGGAUCGUACUGGAGAGAUCAAAACGCAACUCGUGCUGAUUUUAUAAAAUCUUUGAGAAGUAGUGGAGUCUGUGGAGGGAGUACAACUUCUACUGUGACAUCGACUACUGUUACUACUGUUACUACUAAUUUUUUAUCGACAAGCACAACGGAAAUGGAGACAACGAGUGAAAUUGGUGGGUUACCGUUUAGGGGAAUUUUUUGGUGA